UUAACCACUUGCCGUCCAGACGCUGUAUAUAAACGGCCGGAGGGUGGCAGUCCAGGGGCGGGUUGCCGUUCGUAAACGGCGCAUGCCACUAUGGACUGUGUGCGCUCCCUGGGAGUGCGCAGCACCGCGAUCUGGUGCGCGCUGUGUCCUCCGGACACAGUGGAGCACCGAUCGUCGUAUGGGACCUCUGUGCGAGGUCCCGAUCAUGUGAUCACUGAUUGGCCAAUCAGUGAUCACACAUGCAAAGUAGUAAGCAAGAUGUCACUUCUGACAUCAUUGCUUACUACGUGUGAAAUCUGUGAAUGAUCACAGAGGUCACAUGGUACAAGGCUAUUCACAAAAGCCUUGUGCAGACCAAUCACAGCUCACUCAGU